UGGAGAAGUCAUGUAUUUAGAGAGUCCAAUUCAGAGGCUUCUCAGGUUUAAAGCAUCUGCUGCUUCUUAUGUAGCCUGAGCUCUAUAAAGAGGGAAGAGCCUCUCUUUCUAUUUCUUGCUUCUCUGCCAUUCUAUUGGUCUGUUGUUUUACCUCUUGGUGAUACCGGCCCAGCCCCUCCUCUCUCUUUAUUCUCUUCUCAGAUGCAGUUACCCGGGCAGCAGGGGUGGGGAGGCUUUACAGACACUCUCUCCAUUGGCGAGGGGAGCUGGUGAUUCAGAGGACAAGAGGCUAUCAGCUCUACCUCAAUCCUCAGACUUUCAUCUAUUUGUGGAGAUUUGUCCUUAAAACGAAAGUUGCGGUGAAAGGCUUGUUAUCGGGGGCCAGCAUCUAUACAAUAGAGACAAGUGUUUUUAGAGGACUUUGAAGGACUGGUUUUCUUCGUGCGGGAGUGGUGAGAGGGCAGCCAUGGCUCACGCCGCAGCUCACAUUAAGAAGGCCAGGUCCGAGAUGGAUCAACCUCCGGAUCUGAAGGCUCUGGAGAAAGCCAGAGAGAGAAGGAGGCGAUCCCGGGAACGGGCUGAACGCAAGCGCAAGUCUGACAGCAACACCAGUUUCCUGAGAGCGGCGAGAGCUGGAAACAUCGACAAGGUUUUGGAAUAUCUGAAAGGGGGAGUGGACAUCGGCACCAGCAAUCAGAAUGGUCUCAAUGCAUUGCACCUAGCAGCCAAGGAGGGCCAUGUGGAUCUGGUCCAGGAACUUUUGGAGCGAGGUGCCGCAGUGGAUUCGGCCACAAAGAAAGGAAACACGGCACUUCACAUAUCCUCCCUAGCCGGUCAGGCUGAAGUAGUAAAGAUCCUGGUUCAACGAGGAGCUGAAAUCAAUUCACAAUCUCAGAAUGGAUUCACUCCUCUGUACAUGGCUGCCCAGGAGAAUCACAUGGAUGUGGUGCGACACCUGCUUGAAAAUGGAGGCAACCAGAGCACUGCAACUGAGGAUGGCUUUACCCCUCUGGCCAUUGCACUCCAGCAGGGCCACAACCAGGUCGUUUCUGUCCUACUAGAGAACGAUACUAAAUGCAAGGUCCGCCUGCCUGCCUUGCACAUUGCUGCACGCAAGGACGACACCAAGUCAGCAGCACUGCUUCUCCAGAAUGACCACAAUGCUGAUGUCCAGUCAAAGAUGAUGGUCAAUAGGACUACUGAGAGUGGAUUCACCCCCCUUCAUAUCGCUGCCCAUUAUGGCAACGUCAAUGUCGCCACACUCCUGCUCAACCGAGGGGCAGCAGUUGAUUUCACAGCAAGGAACGGCAUUACUCCAGUCCAUGUGGCCUCCAAACGUGGCAACACUAAUAUGGUUGCCCUGUUACUAGACCGUGGCUCUCAGAUUGAUGGUAAAACAAGGGAUGGAUUGACUCCCCUACAUUGUGCGGCCCGGAGUGGACAUGAUAAAGCUCUGGAGCUGCUCCUGGAAAGAGGAGCACCCUUGCUGGCCAGGACCAAGAACGGGCUGUCUCCUCUUCACAUGGCUGCUCAAGGCGACCAUGUUGAAUGCGUCAAACACCUGCUGCACAAGGCUCCUGUUGACGAUGUCACACUGGACUACCUUACAGCUUUGCAUGUGGCAGCUCACUGCGGCCACUACAGAGUCACCAAACUGCUGCUCGACAAGAGGGCCAAUCCCAACGCCAGAGCCCUGAACGGCUUCACUCCGCUGCACAUAGCCUGUAAGAAGAACCGGGUGAAAGUGAUGGAGCUGCUGGUCAAAUAUGGAGCCUCCAUCCAGGCCAUUACAGAGUCUGGUUUGACGCCUAUCCACGUAGCAGCCUUCAUGGGUCACCUGAACAUUGUCUUGCUGCUGCUGCAGAACGGAGCCUCGCCCGACGUCAGCAAUAUUCGCGGGGAAACAGCGUUACACAUGGCAGCUAGGGCAGGUCAGGUGGAGGUGGUCAGAUGUCUGCUGAGGAAUGGAGCAAUGGUGGACGCAAGAGCACGGGAAGACCAGACUCCCCUCCACAUUGCAUCCCGUCUGGGAAAAACAGAGAUUGUGCAACUGCUGCUGCAACACAUGGCCCAUCCAGAUGCUGCCACAACCAAUGGCUACACCCCCCUCCACAUCUCCGCCAGGGAGGGGCAGGUGGAUACAGCCUCUGUCCUUUUAGAGGCUGGAGCUUCACACUCACUGGCCACUAAGAAAGGUUUCACCCCCCUGCAUGUGGCCUCUAAGUAUGGAAGCCUAGAUGUUGCUAAACUUCUGCUGCAGCGUCAAGCUCCACCUGAUUUAGCUGGAAAGAAUGGCCUCACCCCACUCCAUGUUUCAGCACAUUAUGAUAACCAGAAGGUGGCACUCUUGCUUUUAGACAAAGGAGCGUCCCCCCACACCAUGGCCAAGAAUGGCCACACUCCGCUCCACAUUGCGGCGAAGAAGAACCAGAUGGAGAUCGCCACGGUGCUGCUGCAGUAUGGAGCUGAGACCAACAUCCUGACCAAGCAAGGUGUCACUCCGCUCCACCUGGCCUCCCAGGAGGGCCACACUGACAUGGCUGCCCUACUCAUCAGCAAGGAAGCCCAGGUCAACGUCCAAACUAAGAGUGGUCUGACUGCCCUCCAUCUGGUCGCUCAGGAGGAUAAAGUGGCUGUUGGUGAGAUCCUAUCCAAACACGGAGCAAACCUCGACCAACAGACCAAAUUGGGGUACACCCCACUAGUUGUAGCAUGUCACUAUGGUAACGCCAAGAUGGUCAACUUCCUGCUUCAGAAUGGGGCCAGUGUCAAUGCCAAAACCAAGAAUGGAUACACUCCCCUCCACCAGGCAGCCCAGCAAGGAAACACACACAUCAUUAAUGUACUGCUGCAGAACGGUGCCAGGCCCAACGCUAUCACUGUGAAUGGUAACACUGCCUUAGGUAUUGCUCGGAGGCUGGGCUACAUCUCUGUGGUGGAUACGCUGAGAGUCGUGACUGAAGAGAUCAUUACCACUACAACGCAGACGGUGACGGAGAAACACAAGCUGAACGUACCAGAGACCAUGACUGAGGUGCUGGAUAUCUCUGAUGAAGAGGGGGAUGACACUAUGACCGGUGACGGAGGGGAGUAUCUGAGGGCCGAAGACCUCAGGGAACUGGGAGAUGACUCCCUACCAGGACAGUAUCUGGACGGAAUGAACUACCUCCGCUUCAGCCUGGAGGGGACGCGCACUGGUUCAGACCGGUCCUUCACACCCACCCACCACAGUUACUACUCUCCUAGACAUGAAGGCAUCAUGGAUGAGAUGCUGACAAGUCACCAGGUCUCGUCACUUGCCAGGGAGUGUGACAGGGAUUCAUAUCGUUUGAGUUGGGGCACUGAGAACCUGGACAAUGUGGCUUUAUCUUGCAGCCCCAUUCACUCUGGCCAUUCUUCUCCCUGCCCCGAUCAUGGAGACCACAGCAGCUUCCUGGUCAGCUUCAUGGUGGAUGCCAGGGGCGGGGCCAUGCGUGGUUGCAGGCACAACGGACUACGCAUUAUCAUCCCACCCAAGAAGUGCAGCGCACCCACGCGUGUGACGUGCCGGCUGGUGAAGAGGCACCGUCUGGCCACUAUGCCCCCAAUGGUUGAGGGUGAGGGUCUAGCCAGCAGGCUCAUUGAGGUGGGGCCCUCUGGAGCCCAGUUCCUUGGUAAACUACACCUUCCCACUGCCCCUCCACCUCUUAAUGAGGGAGAGAGUUUGGUUAGCAGAAUUCUUCAGCUCGGUCCUCCGGGGACAAAAUUCCUUGGUCCUGUCAUUGUGGAGAUCCCCCACUUUGCUGCCCUCCGAGGGAAAGAGAGGGAGCUGGUGACUCUGAGGAGUGAGACUGGAGAAAGCUGGAAGGAGCAUCACUGUGAACAUACCCAAGACGAACUCAACCGGAUACUCAACGGCAUGGACGAGGAGUUGGACACGCCAGAGGAGCUGGAGAGGAAGCGCAUUUGCCGAAUCAUCACAAGAGAUUUCCCACAAUACUUUGCAGUAGUGUCGCGAAUCAAGCAAGAUAGUAAUCUGAUUGGUCCGGAAGGAGGCAUCCUGAGCAGCACUGUUGUGCCUGAAGUACAGGUUGUUUUUCCCGAGGGUGCACUAACCAAGAGGAUCAGGGUUGGAUUGCAGUCCCAGCCAGUGAGUAAGGAUGUGGUGAGGAAGAUCCUGGGGAACAAGGCCACAUUCAGCCCCAUCGUCACCUUGGAGCCUCGCAGGAGGAAGUUCCAUAAACCCAUCACCAUGACUAUCCCUGUCCCGAAGAGCAACUCAGACGUUCUAAAUGGCUUUGGAGGAGACACACCCACAUUACGACUGCUUUGUAGUAUCACGGGUGGAACGACCCCUGCUCAAUGGGAGGACAUAACAGGAACAACUCCGCUAACAUUUAUCAAUGAUUGUGUAUCCUUCACCACCAAUGUGUCUGCGAGAUUCUGGCUGAUAGACUGUCGGCAAUGCCAGGAAUCUGUCAAUUUAUCCACACAGGUCUACCGUGAGAUUAUCUGUGUACCUUACAUGGCCAAGUUCGUCAUCUUUGCCAAGACCCAUGAUCCCGUUGAAGCCAGACUGCGUUGCUUCUGCAUGACAGAUGACAAGAUUGACAAAACUCUAGAGCAGCAGGAGAACUUCACAGAGGUGGCCCGCAGUCGAGAUGUUGAGGUCCUGGAAGGUCAACCUAUCUAUGCAGACUGCUUUGGAAACCUUGUUCCACUAACCAAAAGUGGUCAGCACCAACUCUUCAGCUUCUUUGCUUUUAAGGAGAACAGACUAGCACUCUUCAUCAAAAUUAGAGACAACACUCAGGAGCCAUGUGGCCGUCUAUCCUUUAUAAAAGAACCCAGGAACUACAGGUCACUAACCUCAAAUGCCAUUUGCAACCUCAACAUCACCCUCCCAUCAUACUGCAAGGAGUCAGAUUCAGAGCAAGAGGAAGAGAACGGCAGAACGCUACAGAAAUAUGAAGAGAUGCCGACAUCAGUCCUGAAAUCAGAGCUGAAUCGAGAACCAGACCUUCUAUCCGACGUGUCGGAGAUGAAACAAGAUUUGAUCAAAAUGACAGCCAUCUUGACUGCAGACUGCGCAGAGAAAUCCCAUUCCUUAGGAAGGUCUGGUCUCGAGAAAAGGACUGAGGAUGUUUCUGGAGAGCCACUAGAAAUAAUGGAGAAGGACUUAGAGAAAGUCAAAGAGGACCUAGAAAAAGUCAGUGAGAUACUGAGGAGCGGAACGUAUGACGGUGAAGCAGCAGAGGAGGCAACAAAAGCAGCUAGAAUUGUCGAGGACUGGGUUCUCGUUUCGGACAAUGAGAUAGAGGUGGUCAAAAAGAUGGCGGCCUUAGAAACUCAAGAGCCAGUCUUACGUGAAAUCAGAGCUAACAGGGCUCCCAGACCUAAAGCAAUAAAGGACAGUGGUGAACUAAAAGAAUAUCUUCUGGAUGCACCAAUAAGCUCCAAACUAAAAGUUAAAAAAGACCCAGCUGUCCAAGAAAAAUUCACUGAUGUUGUACUACGUAAAGGUCUAAAGCCAAAUACCCCAACCAACGUACCUGAAAAAACUGCUGCUAAGCCAGUCAGAAGCAAGGGGAAAGACCAGAGGCAAGCAGAGGAAUCAACAGAGGCGGCUUCCCUUCUUAGUUUGCCGAAAGCUCCUUGCCCAGCAUCACCUUUAUCCCCAGUUGUUGAAGAAACUCCCAUUGGCUCAAUAAAGGACAAAGUCAAAGCCUUACAACAAAAAGUGGAGGCAGAGCAAAAGACUAAAAAGAUCACUGAAAGCCAGGUACCGCAAUUGGCUGUUAUAAGCAAUUCCACUCCAAAAGCCAAAGAAAGACCUAAAUUAAAACGGGUUCCCCCAAAAUCCCCCAAAGGUGAAACUGAGAAACUUGAGGAGACUAUGUCAGUUAAAGAACUCAUGCAAGCAUUCCAAACAGGACAGGACCCCUCUAAAAUGUCAAGAUCGGAGAAAACCGAAAGGCCAGACCCCCUCCAGGCAAAAUCCAUAAAUAAAGCAAUAACCUCAUGUUUCUCUCAAGAUCGAGAAGUAUCUUUGGAUUCCAAACCUCACAAGAAAGAGACCACUUACCAAGACAGAGAGAUAGAAACCACGUCAGUUGCUCCUGCUCUUUCUCAGCUAACUGAAACUGCAGACUUUGGAAAUAGUGGCCUUGAUGAUAGCCCUGACAGCUUAAAACAUGAGGGUGUGGCCGACUCCUUAAGUGCCAGCUCUGGAGAUGGUACCCCUCCUUUCAGCUCUGAGGACAGUGACAAACAUGAGGGUCUUGCCACUCCAGGCACAAGCCCAGAGAGUCUGCGUCUUUCUCCCAAAACUGCUUCUGCAACUUUGGCAGCAACUGGCACAUUAGUCAAAAAAUGCAUUGACACAGAAGACUCUGGACACUCAAGUAUAGAUACCACAGGUGGCCAACGGUCUAGAGAUUUAAAUUUCCCUAUUCCUUCCAGCGAGGCUGCAGAUGAUCACACUACAAGUGAGUCUAUAUCUGUCAGGAGGAGUGAGUCUGAGCCAUCCAAACCUCAAAAGCUUACGAAGAGAAUUUCAGAGACUGUAGAAACGUUUCUUAGCGAUGAUGAGAACCCUGAUGAUGAGCUAAAAUUGGCUUCAGUUGGUUAUACAGCCGCUAGAUUCUCUUCUCCUUCUCAUCAUCAUGAAAGCUUAGAGCUGCCUUUAAAAGAAGACUCUAUCAGUCCAUUAGCCGAUGAUUCUUUGACAAUAAGUCACAGAGACUCACUAGAAGGUAGUCCUCUCAUGGAAGAAAACUCUUCCCAUAAAUCCCCAGAUUCAAUUGAUCCAAGCCCAACAAAAGAAUUACCCCCUCAUGAUUCCUUAGAGAGCAGCCCUGUAGAGCAAAAUCCAUCCUUCGAAUCAACUCUAGUUCCACCCAGAAAAUCCUCUAGCCAUCCAGAUCCCUCUAAAGCCGCCGCCCAAGAUGUUUUGCCUGGUAGGCUGCUUCGAGAACAUGACCCUAGUGCUGAUGAUGACAGUUGUGAGCAGACAUCACAAAUGACAAGUUCCGGUAAGACUCCUCUCUCCCCUGAUACUCCCAGCUCUGAGGAGGUAAGUUAUGAGGUGAACCCAAAACCCCCUGACUAUACAUUCCUCUUCCUUCCAUCCAAAACCUCUGUCAUCCCUGAAAAUCAAGAAGAAGAGGAUUCCUCAGACAGCUUUGCUGCUAAAAAAAAAAUCUCUCCAGAGGAAGGGAUGUUUAAAAUGGCAGCCAAAAUCAAAACAUUUGAUGAAAUGGAACAAGAUGCGAAGACCAAAAUGAACUCUAGAUCAAAUGCCAAACUAGGGGAUGACGGCUAUGAAACAAUAAAGCAUACAAGUGAGAUGCAUUCGCAAUGCGCAUUCAAGCUCGAUAGUCCCACUGAAGAUUCAGAGUUAGCACUUUUUGUUGAUCCCCAUAUUAAAUUACAACCUCCCUCUCCUUUUUCAGCAGGUUUGCAUGAUGGACCCCACAGCAAAGAGGUCAAGAGCAAAACAACAGCGACUAUCAGUUCAGAAGGGCAUCACUCCUUCUUAACCCAGCAUAAUUCAAAAUUCAAACUGGAAACUACACAGGAAAAAGUGGUCCAAACAUCUGUAAAAGCUGAUGAAGACGGUGCUGCAAAAAAGGCUCUUGUGACAUUAUACACUGAAAACAGGACUGAUGAACAAAAGGAGGAGAGUUUGAGGAAGUCAAGAGACAACAAAUUAGACAAUAAGAAUGGUCAAGAGUUAAGUGUUACAAAAAAAUUGCAAAAACAAGGUAGCAAUGUAACGGAUGAGGUGAAAGAAGAUAAAAAGGAGCCUUCAACAUCACCACAAGCUGUUGCCGCGGGUCAAACUAAACCAGAGGUCUGCCUAUAUGAUGACACAGAGCAGGAUGAUGAGGAACUGGAGCCUCCCAGAACUGAGUCAAAAGGUGUCACUGCAAGGGUAGAAAUUGACUCAUGGUCUGCCAUGCGGGAGGAUGAUGCCGCUUUUGCAGCUCGUGUAAAAGAGGAGGAACAGAAGAUACUGAAUCUAGUGGUGGAUCAGCAGUAUCUGCAACCAAGUCCAGACACCACACCUGGUAGAACUCCAACAGAAGAGAACACUCCUUCGAGUGAGCCCAACCCUUUUCUAUUCCAAGAAGGGAAGCUUUUUGAGAUGACCCGAAGUGGUGCUAUUGACAUGACCAAGAGGAGCUAUGAGGAAGAGCGGGGUGAUUUGGCCUUUUUCCAGAUAGGCGAACAGUCUCUAGAUGAGCCUCUAGUAGAAGAGGCGAUGAAAGAAAGUAGGGAAUCAGCAGCAGAACCCGAAGUUGGCCUAAAUCUGAAGGUAGAGGUUAAGACUGAGGAAACUGAGAAAGUGAAAGAAAUAUUUGAUUCUCAACUUCAGUCCCCACCCAAAAGUGAUCAUCAAACCUCAAAGGCUGAUGCCUGCAAAUCUAAAAUCCCGAAAAUGGGCAUUUCCGCUUCAGGCAAACCUUCAAAGAAAGAUAAGACAUCUCCCGAAGGUUUAGUGAAAAAUGGGAACGAAGGCUGCUUAGAUAAAUACAAAAAUUCCCCUGACCAAAUGAUUACAACAGUACAGACAGCGGAAACUACAGUAACUAGAUCAGUUUACUCUGAGCAGGGCCAAGAGUCCUCUGAUUCAUCUCCAGAAGACCAAGAGUCAGUUAUAGAAGCGCCCAAACCAACAGCCACGUCAAAACAAAUUGUUCCCACUAAUGUUAAAAAUACUUCAUUCAAAACACAAGCUGCUCAACAAAGUUGGGGAAAAUCCACAAUUCACUAUUCAUCUCAUGCAACUUCCUCUUCAAACACUCUUAAAAAAGAGGCCUCUUUUAUUUCUGAAUCUAAAUCAAAAAUUCCAAUCAAGGCUAAGCCUGAUUCUAUUGUCAAACAAGUUGGAUCUACCCCAGACAAGAAGCUUAAGGUACCUGGUAAAAAAAAUGCAAGGAGAAUAUCCGUAACACAAACAGCUCCCUCUGCUGCUUUCAAAACCAAGACACCAUCUUCCAAAGCCAAGAGCUUUUCUGAGGGGGAGUCUACUGGGCCAUCUGCUAAAAAAGAAAAAGGUUGUUUCUUAAGUUGUGAGUCAGUAAAAUCUAAAAGCUUCCAGUCUAGAUUGCCAGUCCGAGAUAAAGGUGGGCAUUCAUCAACGCUCACUAAAGAGAAAAAUGAGCCAAACAAACUGUCCAUUGACCUUUUUGAAGAGAUUAGCGAUGAAGCAGCAAAACUUGUUGCAAGAUUGGCACAGGCUGAGACAGAGAGAGAACAAGAGGUUGCAGCUGCCAACUCAAAUGAUGAGGGCAGUCUCCUUGAUCCAUCAUUCAUAGAAAGAGAAACUUUCCCUGGGAUGCAGUUCCCACCCUCAGGAGAUGUCUUUCCCGUUAGACCACUGUUGGACAACCCUGUUGAGACACAGAUGCAGCGAAUCCCAGAUGAUAAAGUCCAAAGUCAAGUAGAUCGAGAGGAUGAAGCAGAGAACCAAGAGCAACGUUUGGCCAUUAUAGCCGACCACCUGGGCUUCAGCUGGACUGAGUUAGCACGAGAACUGGACUUCAGUGAAGAGAGGAUCAACGUGAUAAGGGUUGAAAACCCAAACUCACUGCAAGACCAAAGUCACACCCUUUUAAAGCUUUGGGCAGAGAGGGAGGGAAAACAUUCCACGGAAGCAACAUUGAGGAAAAGAUUGACUAAGAUCAACCGAAUGGACAUAGUUCACCUUAUUGAAAACACGAUAAUCCAAUCCACUCAAGAGGAGACAUCACCAGAUACAUAUGAGGAAAUAGAAAGGACAAUAGCAUUGGAUCAUACUGAAGGUUUCUCUGCCCUACAUGAAGAUAUUGACAGCCCCAGGCCAAGCAGGCGUACAGAAUCUGAAUUUUGGACUUCCGGCUCAGGACUAGAGGUACCUGUGGUGUCGGCAGAGGAGCUGUCCUCCAGUUUGUCAUCCCUUCACGAGACAAUUGGACGACCAGAAACAGAUUCCGCAACUGGUCUUCUUAGAAAUGCUCAGAGAGAGAAACUACAAAAAGAUAUGGAAACAACAUACUCAUCAAAUAGAGUAUAUGAGGAAUUGACAGACAAGGUGCAAAAAGGCAGUUUUAAACAAGAGAUAGCAGAAGAGCUAGGUUUGCUGUCUUCUGAUAGCUCAGAGGAGGAGGUGUUGACGACUAGGGUGGUCCGACGCAGAGUUAUCAUUCAGGCAGAUACCCUACCUGAUAUCCAACCACACACUGUCACUGAGGAAAAGUAUAAAGAUGAGCAUGGAAACACCGUAGUUAAGAAAAUCAAUCGAAAGGUGAUUCGUAAAUAUGUGUCAGAAGACGGCAUGGAUACACAAGAAGUGACCAUUGAGGGCACACAUCAGGAGAUGGUGCACAUUGAGGAAGGAGACGCUGUCUCCAGGGUAUUGAAGAGAACUGUGCUUCACAGUGAGGGAGAUCAGAAAGAGUUGACCAUUUCGGAACCCCUGGCUACAGUAUCAGAGUUUGAGGUUGAGCCAGUGCAAGGUCGAAAGGUCAGCAAGGUUGUCAAGACAACAAUGACACGAGGCGAGAGGACAGAGAAGCAGACUGGAGACCCCUCGCUGGCUGCAGAUCUCCCCUCAGCGGCACAGGACUUUGAGACGGCAUUGAGUUAUGCUGGAGGCUUUGGGAAAGUGCUCCGGCUUCAUGUAGUUGAGAAAGAGAUUGUGCAGGACGACGGUUCUGUGGUUAAAAGAAGCCACAUGCAUAAGUCGCUAACCCAGCAGAGGACUGUGGUGAGGGACGGCAAAGGGAAAAGCGUGCACCUGGAGCGUCGGAACGACAACCUGGACCCCCUGCAACCCGACGCACUGCAGCAGCACUUGCACCAACUGCUCCAACGCUACUGUGAGGACCACCAGGCAGAGAAGGUGGAGGAGAGUUUUUACUGAUCCCUUCUACAUCCCCUUAAGCCUUGCGUCAAGAUGUCCCAGGUCCCCCUCUUGUUAUCCUCACCAAUCACUGGACUCAACUUUUUUUAUUCUUUCUUUUUGUUAAAACAGAACAGAAGUCUUUUUCAGCAGUGAACCAAUUUCUUCCUUCCUUCCUUCCUUCCUUCCAUCACAUUGUGUUUCAUAGGCUUUUUGUGACCAAAGAUGGAACCCUUCAUUUUUGUUGGAUGAUGAUUUUUGGCUGCUGUGGUUUGGUAUUGGUACAAUGUUCAAAAGCGGAUGAAAGACAAAACUAGGCAUCUUGGACUUUGGCCUCACGCACAGGCCUCUUCUCAAUGAAACAUCUGUUCAUCGAGGAGCUAAGAAACUAAAAUAAAUUCAAAGCAUUUAAUAGAUUCACUAUUCAAUAAAAAUGUUGUACAUGCUGUAUAUUCAGCUGCAGAAUAGCCCCCUUACACAUGAGAUUAAUGUUACAGAGAGAAACAAUUGGGAGGAGGGAAAGGGACAAACAUUACCCUGCUGAUCUGUUCACAAAGGGCGUGUGUUGCUGCCUAUAGUCUGCCCACUUCCUGCAUUAGACCUUUUUUCAUCUUUCUAAUGUAUGUUUUGCAUUCACAUUUAUCUGUCACAGAGCUACCACUUUUUGUCUGUUUAUGUAGAGUGUGCCUCCUGAGACGGAAAGUAGAGAUUAGGGAUGUUUUGAUUAAGAUUGACCACUAACCACCACUCCUUCUUACACCCUCCUUUGCAUAUGCUGCUUCUCCUCACCUUCUACCGGCGCAGUGAUUAUGUAACUGUGCUCAUUGAGCUUUCUAAGGGAAACUUCACCAAAUAUUUCUUCUUGUCAACAAAUCACCACUAACAAUAAAUGUGGUACACACAGCUUGUGCGUGUGUUUGUGUGUGUGUGUGUGCGUUCUGAAGCCUGAUAUAUCUGCCGUAGAGCUCUAUUGUUCAAAAAACCAUCAAUGAUGUCCAUCAUGACAUGUUCCUGUUUUUAGGUGCUGUUACCAUGACAUCUGAUUAUGACAUAACUUUUUAGUGCUUUUCAGUCACAGUUGUCACUGAUGUCAUGGGGUGUUAUCUGAUGAAAGGGAGGAUUUCAAAACAAAAAAUAAAAUAUUAAAUGAUGGAACAACACCAGACUUAUUUAGGUUUUAAAAAACCACACUUUGAGACUAUUGAGAUGCUUUGCAUUAACUGCUGCCAUCCGGGCUGCUGUUAUUGUUUUUAUUAUUUCUUGUUCUAACUGCUAGCAAAGGUUUGACACAUCAAUUUCAAAUCCAAGUUAAGUCUUUCCAAUGACAUUAGUCAUCGCACUUUUCCUUAUUUAUUUAUUGCGCUCUAUUUGUAGUCUCUGCAUAGUCUAACAGUUGAAGUGGUGUGUACGUUUUAGUGUUUGAAUUUAUUCUGCACCGAAAAGGUGAAGACAAACAGGAUUUGAUUUGAAUAAUGGUUGAAUUGUUUACAGCCUGAUGAAGAAUUGUUUUUAUAGAAAGUUGAGACUGUGUGAUGAUGCGAUCCUCACAUUGCUGUUUACUUUUUGUCUGAUGCGAUAAAAGAAUAAAAGAAAUUCAUUAUUAAUUUCA